AAUGCAAAACUACUCGUUUUACACUUUACAGUAACCGACGAGGUGCUAAAGUAGGCACGGUCGAAACCCCCAACCGAGUUUAGGGUUGCUCUUCAAGACUCUCCUCUCGAUUCUCAUCGCUUCGUCUUCGUUGAACAAUUGCCCUCUAUCGAUUGCCUCGGGUGUGAAAUCGGAGCCGGAUAAGAUUAGGGUUUGGGAUUUGAGCCAUCGGUUAUUACGAGGCUUCGCGAUUCGCUGCGAGACGACUUCUUUCUGGUAUACCCAGAAUUUGUAAUGGGCUAUGAAUCAUAUGAUAGACAGAGACACGAUCGACGAGUUGAGGAGUAUGAUGAUUAUGAGUAUGAGGGGGAUGGAUAUGGGUACGAGGAGGAAGGGGAUGAGUAUGAAGAUGAAGAAGAAGAAGAAGAAGAAGAAGAGGAAGAUGCUCCAAGACCUACCAAGGAAGCAUUGGAGUUUCUUGAGUUGAGACAACGGUUGAAAGAACAGAUACGGAGGGAUAUGAAGAGGAAGGAAGGUGGUCGGGGCAACUCCGAUGAUAGGAAGAAGCUCCCCUAUGAUAAGAGUUUUGGAUCAUUCUUUGGCCCUUCUCAACCAGUUAUCGCUGAUAGAGUAAUCCAAGAAAGCAAGUCGUUAUUGGAAACCCGGCAUCUGGCAUCUAGGGCCACAAACUCUGUCCAUCCUAACAAGAAGAACUCUGGGUCUACCUCUUCUGGCUCUAAACCUGUUGCACAUACCCAGAAACCCAAUGUCAUUAAUGAGCAAAAAAAUAUAGUCCAAAAGCGUAAGGAUACUAGAGAUUACGCAUUUUUAUUUUCUGAAGAUGCGGAGCUUCCUGCUCCUGCAAAGGAUCGUCCCCCUCGAAGUGACUCUGCUCCAACAUCUGAGGUGCGAUCAAGUCAAACAGUGAUGAAAAGUAAACAACCUUUGGUAAAUAAUAGUAGACCUCUCCAUGGCGGUCAGGAUAAUGGUAGAUCUAUUCAUGGUCGUGAUAGUGGUAGACCUGUUCAAGGCAGUCGUGACAAUGGUAGGCCUGUUCAUGGCAGUCGUGACAAUAGGGCCGUUCAUGGCAGUCAUGACAAUGGUAGGCCUGUUCAUGGCAGUCGUGAUAGUGGGAGGCCUGUUCAAGGCAGUCGUGACAGUGGGAGGCCUGUUCAAGGCAGUCGUGACAGUGGGAGGCCUGUUCAAGGCAGUCGUGACAGUGGGAGGCCUGUUCAAGGCAGUCGUGAAAAUGGGAGGCCAGUUCAUGGAAGUCAUGACAAUGGGAGACCUGUUAUGUCUGGUCAUGAUGAAAGGAAAGCAAUUCCUACAAAUGGACAUAUGCAUUCUAAAGUUGGGUCCAAUAGGCCGAGUUCUGCCAGUAGCAGACCUGGCUCAACAUCAAUGGACUCUAGAAAACAACUGGGUAGCAACAACGCUAAUGGCCCUGGACGGCCCCUCGUGCCAAAAGGUCUCCCUUCAAAGAUGCCGGCCUCUACCUUAGAGAGGAGGGUUUCUGCACCUGGUUUGAAGAAUAACAUGUCUUCAUUGCAGAAAGCACCCUCUUCAAAGUCGCAGUCUUCUCUUCUGAAGCAGCCACUACAGCAAAGAAAGGAUGUACGAGAACCUUAUAAGCCCAGUAUGUUAUCAAAACAGUCCACAGGAUUAUCAAAACAUCAGAUCCACAAGCCGCAAAUGCAUAAGCAAGUCCCAUCACGUCCUAUGUCACAAGAGUAUCGUCCCAAAAAAAGGCCUGCAAGUGGGUUUGCAGACGAUGAGUAUGACCCUGAGGAUGGGGAUAUUAGUAGUAUGAUCAGAAACAUGUUUGGUUACAAUCCAAAUAAAUUUGCUGAUGACGAUGAUGUCAGUGACAUGGAGGCAGGAUUUGAAGAUAUUCAGAGGGAGGAGAGGAGAAGUGCAAAAAUUGCAAGAAUGGAGGAUGAAGAACAAGCUAGGUUGAUAGAAGAAGAAGAAAGGAGGGAACGUUUGGCCGCCAAGAUGAGAAAACAGAAGAAGCUGAAGCGGUAGCGACCAUAGGGAAGGCAAAUUUGCCUCACCUGAUAAAUUGUUUGGUCACCAACUAAGUCACCCACCCUCGCGCCGAAGUGGAGUCGACUCUGAUUUGACUAAUUAUUCAGUAGAUGUAGGUUUACUUGCAUUGUUAAUUCAAAUGUAAUUUUGGUGAAUAAUGUCAAAUAUAAGAAGUUUUGGGUUUUGUUGGAGUGGUAUUUCGUUUUGCAAUUUGCCCUUUUGCCCAAAAUACCUUAUCCUACAUGUAUACCAAAAAGAUCAGAUUGCCUUGAUGGAGAAGAUAAUGUGGUUAAAAGGUACUGUAGCCUUGCAAAAGUAUAUUAGUUGUGUAAAUUGUAUUCAAAAUUGAAUGGCAAAUGGUUCC